AUGGUCUCUGGUGAAGGAGAGAUGCCAACUCCAGGACCGAAACGGCCUCGGGCCCGAGUAGCCUGCGACGAGUGCCGACGCCGCAAAUUACGGUGCGACGGUCGGCAGCCAAGUUGCAGUCUCUGUCAUGAGUCGGGGUUAGUCUGCGAAACCACCGAGCGCGGGUCUCGCGGUCCAAAAAAGGGCUACAUUAAAGCCCUGAAAGAUCGAGUUGUAUACCUAGAGAACUUGUUGGAGAAUCGCUUGGAUGUCCAACAGGGACAAAGUCAGCAUCAUGAUAGCACAGAAAGCCGAGAUGACGAGUUACCCACGCCGCCUGUUGAUAUUUCAGAUCCGAUAAUCACGACCGAUGCUCAGGACUGGAUGUCAGCGGCCGUUGCGUCCAUUUCGGAGCCCGAUAUGCUCUUACCAAAUGAUCUCCCUGAUCUCAGGCUACUUUCCGCUUCGUUGGCUCCUUCUGUUUCAUUCAGCAUUACCAGCGCUAUACAAUCGGAAUUGUAA